AUUGUUUCUUUCAUAAGGGACCUUGGAACCACAUUGUCCCAUCUCCACGUCCUGUGGAUGGCUCGCUGUGGGCUCUCAGAUUUAGAUGGGAUCUCUUCCUGCGGCUCUUUAAAAGAACUCUACAUAGCCUAUAACAAUAUCUCUGACCUGAGUCAACUGAGCUUGUUGGAACACCUUGAGGUUUUGGACUUGGAGGGGAACAAUAUUGAGGACAUCAACCAGAUGCUGUAUUUGGGACUUUGUUACAAACUGAGCAGCCUGACAGUGGAGGGCAACCUCAUUUGUCUGAAGCCAAAUGCAGAGUCUGAAGAGGGACUAGAUUAUAAUUACAGAGUUGAAGUGAAAAAACUCAUUCCCCACUUGGAAUAUUUGGAUGAAAUACCAGCCAGCCAAACUAUUAUCCCUCCUUCCAAGAAGAUGACUGAGGAUUGGCUAAUCAUCAAGGAAUCCAUCAAGGAAGGUGAUUUAGCUGGAGAUAUUCCAUGGUUAGAUUUGUAUCUUGGGGCAGUAGCAGCAAGGCAGUCUGGAUCCAGUCCCAGACCCCGCACAGCUUCCAGACCCAGGACUGCACAGCGACCUGAUUCUGCAGGGCGAGCCAGCAGCGCCCGUCUGCUGUCCACUGGCUGUCCCCUUCCCCAUCCCACUGUUUCUGAGGGCCUCUUCCUGGAAGAUGACUCCAGUGAUUUGACACAUGGACUCACUCAAGUUAUAUGUGGGAACCCCAUCAAGGCCCUUCGUACAAGGAGACAAAAGCUAGGUGUAUGUUUUUUUCUUAUACUACCUGUUUCUGGCUGCCUGAGAGGGGAAUACCCUCAUAUCUCUGAAGAUGAUGAUCUAGGCCAGGAAGAUGUCUUCACUGAACUGGGAGAAUGGAGAGAAAAGCAUAAACGGUUCCUGCAAAUGGUUCAGCAAGAAAAGGCCCCUCAAGUACUGAAGGUAACUCUUAGUGAUGAAGAAGAGGAUGAGGAAGACUGCAGCCUGGCUGACAACUGUGAAGAUAUUUUGAGAGCACCAUACAAUGAGGACCUAACUGAGAGGAUUUCACUUGAUUCUUUCCAUUCCAGUCUUUCCCACUCAUCCUCAGAUUCGUUACAGGCUCAGGAGUGGACAGUGUUCUCCAACCCAAACCAUUGCUUAAUUCCUUCUCCUCCAAAAAGUCCUUCACCUGCAUCUCUAAUGGGCAUUACAGCAAGCCCUUGGAAAAUGAGGAACCACAGGGUAAGAUGCCUAAAAAUACCCAACCAAGAAGAGGACAGGCAGUGGAUGCAGCUUUGCCAGUCAAAGACUGGUCAAGACACUUCAGCUGAGCCUCUGCAUGAGGAGCUUGCUCUCCUGAGCUUGCGCAGUGCACCUGCUGUGUGUGAGGCCUUCCCUUCCCGAUCCCAGGGACAGCUCCAGCCCGGUGGCAGCACUGGCAGGCUGAGACCUAUUUCAGGACCAGCAGCUGUUGGAUCAAAAAGUGUCAGGUACGCAUGCUGCUGGCAGCUCUCCCAGCAGAAUGUCUACAUAGUAUGGCCUGCCGUGGAUAAGAGUGUGCCCAGAAUGAUCCACCAUCACCAACCAGUUGUAUGCUCAUCCACAAAAAACACAGAGAGGUUUGGGCUGGCAAAUGCAGCUUUGCCCCUGCCUGACAGGGCCAUGCUGCAGAACUUGCCAGGCAGACCCACUGCCUCGACAACAUCUCAGAGCAAGACUCCACAGUUCUAGAAGA